GUAUGUAUAUAUGUAGAAUCUUGCGGCGACACAGCUGAUUCACCCGAUUGUUUACCGGAAUAAAAAAAAUGAACGACCGUUUGCAAUAACGGAUGUACCUUGCUCAUUGAGAAAGGUCCACGUUGGUGGGAUUCUGUUCAAACAUGGGAUGUUGCUACAGCUUUUGUAAAGAGGAUAGCGGACCGCAGGGUGGAGAAGCGAAUGAAAGAACACAUUUGCUGGUAGAUCCUGUCAGUAACAAUACAAAUGUACCUAGAGUACAUAGUGACGAUUACGUUAACCAAUAUGCAAGUUCCGUGCCUAAAAAGACAGAUGAACAGAGUGCAUUGAAUAGAAUUUUACAUGAAACUGCAGCCAAUGUUAUUGAUGUGGGCGCUUUAGAUACGCAUAAUCUAGAACAGCAUGAAUACAUGGACAGAUCUCGUGCGUAUUCAAAGAGAAUAGAAUCAGGUCGAAUUAAAUUUCCCGAGGCUACAUCUUGCCUACUUAAGGAUAUACCUGCUCCUGAACGAACAUUAGCUGCCGACCCACUUGCUGCUGAAGACGAAGAAUUGAUUACAGAAAUGCUCAACAAGGCUGUGACAGCAUUAGGCGAUGUAAAAGUCGAACACAAGGAAGAUUUGGUGGUUCCGUUUCUAUCGUGAUUGUUAAAUGUCCGUCAAAUUAAUUUAUAA